AGAAAUCAUUGCUUCUGCAGCGAACAGGUGAACAUGCUGAGGGCCAUUGCUCCUAGUGUGGCUAAACAUGACGUACUGCAAUGAUGUCAGUAGAUUUUAGUCAAGAGGGUUUGCGAUGGAGGGGACGAUGUUCAGGGCCGGACAGGAGAAGGCACAGAAGCGGGUGAGGUUCCGUGUGGCUUCAGGGAACAGCGGCAGAGUGCUGAAGGAGAUUUUCAAGGAUGAGGGGCCUUCAGACUCCCUGGAUUCAGAUUGCACCAGCAGCUCGGAUGCCGAGCGAGCCAGUACCCCUUCAACAAGUGGAGACAUACAUGGAAACUUAUUUGGUUCUCUCGGCUCUGAGUUGGACGACAGUGAGUGUGAGCCAGAUGAUCUGCUGUUGUAUGCAGGGGCAACAAAGGACUGGACGUUCACCACCAAAAGAGUCAACAUACUCAGUAAGAAUGGGACUGUGAGAGGGGUCAAGCACAAAGUCAGUGCAGGUCUGACCCUGUUUGAAAACCUUCCAAGUACAAACAGCGUGGAGCUGACUCUUGAAUGUGGGCGGAUAGUGAUCUACACUACAAGUUUCCGUGUGGUGAGGACGACCUUUGAGCGCUGCGAGCUCGUCCGGAAAAUCUUCCAGAACCACAGAGUGAAGUUUGUGGAGAAGAACAUCGCUCUGGACAGCGAGUACGGGAAGGAGCUGGAUGAGCGAUGCAAGCGUGUGGGGGAACCUCCCUCAUUACCAGUCGUGUUCAUUGAUGGACACUACCUUGGGGGUGCUGAGAAAAUACUGGGUAUGAAUGAAUCGGGAGAACUGCAGGAUCUUUUGACAAAAAUCGAGAGGGUACAGCUCCCCCAGACGUGCCAGACCUGUGGGGGCUUCGCCUUCGUCCCGUGCACAACGUGCCAUGGCAGCAAGAUGUCUGUGUUUCGCAACUGCUUCACAGAUUCCUUUAAAGCCCUGAAGUGCACUUCCUGUAACGAGAACGGUCUGCGGCCCUGUGCGAGCUGCAGCCAGUGAGGAUGUUAAGUGCCUGACCCAACAUCUUCACCUCUACUCUGGGACCAAACAUAAGACAUGAAAGUGGACUGUAACACAGGCAGUGUGAUGAAGCACAGCAGGACUCUUCUUCCAAGGCCAUUAUUAGUAAAAAAAAAAAAUUGAAAAAAA